AUGGUGAAGAAUUUACUUGUAUUCGGUGCUCACGGUAAAGUUGGUCAGCAAUUGGUUCGCCAAAUUGCAAAUUACAAAUCGCAAUAUCAAGUGACUGCAGUUGUUAGAAAUACAGAACAAGCUACCAUCCUUGCAGCAAUCGAUAACUCCUUAAAAACUAAACAAUUGACAGUUGAUACUGCUAGUGUUCAAGAAUUGGCUGAUACUAUUAAAGGACACCAUGCUGUUGUCUUCGCUGCUGGUUCUGCUGGGAAGGAUUUGUUGAAGGUCGAUUUGGAUGGUGCUGUUAAGACAUUUGAAGCUAGUGUUUUAGCUCAAGUCAAAAGAUAUAUUCUUGUAAGUGCAAUUCAUGCUGACAUUCGUGAAUCAUUCCAAGAAUCACAAUUAAGAGAUUACUUAAUUGCUAAGCAUUAUGCUGAUAGAAUUUUGGUUAAUGAGUUUAAAGAUAAAUUGGAUUUCACUAUUUUGAAACCAACUUACUUAUCCGAUGAAGAAGCUUCUGGCAAGAUCAGGAUUAUAAAUUCAGCCGACGAUUUUGGAUCCACAGUUUCCAGAGCUAAUGUAGCAAAAGUAAUUUUAGAAAUCGUUGACAGUAAGAAUACUUUUGGUAGGAGUUAUGACUUUGAAGAUGGUGAUUCAGAAAUUAGCAACCCUGCUACUUUCAAUUGA